AUGAGCCUGAGCCCAAGUAACGGUGGCGGCAACGCACCAAGUUACACCGGUCACCCGAGCCUUGCCAACUACCCCAUCCACGGCAAUCACGACAAUCACACCAGUCACACCAAUCACGCCAGUCACACCAAUCACGCCAGUCACACCAAUCAUGCGAAUCACACCAAUCAUCCGAAUCAUGCCAUCCAAGCCAGUCAUGCCACCACCACCCACGCGGAGAUGAGAGGGGGCCUCGAGACCACCAACACCCACGUGUACAGGGAGACCCUCCCCGGGAGGAACCACCUGAACCGAAGCGACCUGAACCGCCCACCCAUGGAGGCGCCCAACAAAAAAAAGGAAGAGCAAUUCAAAAGCAUAACACACUUCGCAAAGUACCUCUUCUUCAUCGCGAAAAAAAUUGCCUACGAAGAUAUCCACGGGUUCACAGAAUCCGAAACUCACCAAAAUACAAACGAAGAAUUCAAAAAGGCACUUGUGAAACAUCUAAUCUAUAAAUUGAAUCAAAUACUCUCCUCACUUAUCAACUUCAAUGUCCUCCAGUAUAAUGAAAACGUUAAUAUAAAACAAGAGGUAGAGUACCUCUGUCUAAAAAAUAGCAACAUCACUCUCCACAAAAUAAGGUUGAUGCUGAGUAAAUUAGAAAACAGUGGGACCAACUACAGAUACGUUUUGUAUAUUCUGUUGAAGCUACACAGCUUCGAUGAACACAGUGUUAAGCACGCUUCCCCUCCACCUGUGGGCAACAACACAGUAGGAAAUGGCGCUGUAAAUGUGAACCCAUCUCCUGGAACUGUAGAACCUGAGAGACGAGAAAACGGUUCGCCCGCAGAGAGAGAUAGUUAUAGAUAUGCCCACAGGAAGGGAGGUGCAAACGUUGGUGUAAGUCAAAGAAAGGAAGAUACCUACAGGGAGGAAGAGGGAUCCAAGUUGGUAGACACAAACGAAGGGAAAUCACUACAUGAAUAUGCGCAUGACGGGAACAGGUACCUCCAGGCCACGCAGGAUGGGAAGAGGUACUUCCAACCCACCCAUCCGGAGGGACGACCACACAAUCAACGCACACAAGAUGGGCGUGAGGUUAGACUGUCCAUCCAGGGACAACCCCCACGUAACGACCCACGCAACGACCCACGCAACGAUCCACGCAACGAUCCACGCAACGAUCCACGUAGCGAUCCACGUAGCGACCCCCUCUGCGAAAAGAAUUUCAUAAACAAGAGCCUCUACGCAACGAUCAUUCUGAACAACAAGUUUAACAACCUAGACGUAGAAGAAAACUUUAUCAUGAAGGAUCUCAUCUACCCCCUGCAAGGAAUGAGUGGUCAGUACAUAAAGUACAACAAGAGGGACCGAUGUUUCUAUGUGUGCAACCGCAAAGUUAGCGUUGGUAUGCACCACCUGGUCAACAAUAUUAGUAGUCUGGGAUUACAUUUCAGAAGAAUUAAAAAAAUAGUUGGCGUUUCUUCUUCAGAGGGAGGUACUACAGGGGAAGAUGCUCACAGUGACGCAGGUGACGCGGACAACGCAGACGAUGUAGACGAUGGGGAUGACUGGGGGAAUUUCUCCGAUGCGGGGGAUAGCUACCACCAUCACCACGAACGACGCCAUUCGAACCAAUCCCGUAGGAGAGGGAGUCUAGUUAUCGACGCGCUACACCAAAUAGUACGUGAAUACAUCAACGAAUAUUACAAACUACUCUCCUACCUUGAGAGCGACAUAAAUGAACACAUUCACAAGAACACUGUAUACAUAGGGGUAAAGAAGCUCCAUUUGCGUCUGCAAGAAUCUUACAAAAUAAUGAGGGUUCUAAUGAACGUCGUGGAUGAAUCCCGUAGAAGCACUGGAUGCAAUUUCCUCUCCUUCCUAUACUCCAAAUCACAAACGUAUGAUUAUGAGGAACAGAAAAUAUACCGGGCGAUACUACAGAGAUGCUUAAAGCCAAUAAACUCUAUCCUAAAGCAAUGGGUGGACAAUGGGAUAUUGAAGGAUAAGUACCACGAGACGUUUAUCUCUACAAAUAAAAAUGUUCCAUCGGAGAAAAUAUGGUGUUACAAAUUCUGCCUGAACAGUAAUAACAUUCCUCUUUUUUUAAGUGUAAGUACAGCGAAACGAAUUCUCUUGACUGGAAAAAGCGUCCACUUGUUAAAUAGCUUUGGGGGGGAAGGCAACGAGUUCGAUGAAAUGGUCGGUAGGGUCAAGCCACACCCGCAGUUGGAAUGGCACCAACCUGGAAGAAAACAAAUGGCUAACAAGCUUCUCCACAAAAGGAUGUCAGACGAAUCUCCUUCUCCAGGCGAGGUGGAUGUGUUCUCCGUGACCGACGUAAAUACCUAUGUGGAAAACAUCGAUCGGUAUGUCAAAAGGCUGUGCGUGCGAAAAAACAAGCGACUCAUCUCCAUGUUAGUAAACAAGUACGGGCUGUAUGAACACUUCAAGGCAUUCCGUCACUUCCUCCUUCUCGUGGAUGGAGAUUUCUUCGAAACUAUUUUCGAUAAUAUGAAAACAGAUCUAUAUAUGGAUGCAGAGGAACUCAAACGACAUUAUCUAAACAACAAACUGGACCUAUGCAUAAAAUCCUCCUCAUUAUUCACGUCCAAUCAAAAAAUCCUGAACAAAUUGAUACUCGAUAAAUUCCACGUAAAGAGAGGAGACAUCGGUUGGGAUGUACUCGUAUUCGACUUCUUAGUGGAGAAACCCCUAGACAUUAUUUUUACAAACAGAGUAAAGAGCAUCUACAAAACUAUAAACGUUCUAUUAAUAAAGUUAAAAAAAAUACAUUACGAAUUAGCAAAUAUAUGGUAUCUCUUCACUCACUUAUUUAAAAUAAUGAAUGUCGUUUGUUACAACCACGUAUUCAUUUAUUGUAACAUCAUGAGGAAUGAAAUGUUCCACUUCAUUCAGAACUUGUUGUCUUAUUUCUAUUACGAUGUCAUCGAUACCAAUUGGAGAGAAUUUAAAAAUAUCAUCUUUAACUGUAAUGAUCUAGACCGACUAAUACAUGAGCACUACCAGUACAUAAAUCAAAUUCAGUUCGACUUGUUUCUUGGUAAUUCUGUAGAUGCAGAAGGGGACAUUGGUCCUACUGUUCCUACAGCAUCUGCGUCUUCUUCCUCUACAUCUGUCCAUUCAGAUGUAGAUUCCACUUCAGAUGGUUACCUGAACAGUCCAUUCGAUUCUCCACCCCCUGGAGGUGCAUCUGACUUUGUUUAUGUCCCUUCACAUUUUGCCGGCGAACCAUCUGGAAAGAAAUUCGUUUCAUUUUCUGGACGAGUUGGAAAUUCCUCCAGCAAAAACGCUGAACCCAAUUAUUACACCACAGAUGCAGGUCCCCAAACGGGUUCUACGAACAAUAGAACCCAAAACAUUGACAGCGAGACGCAUCUCUGCAUGUAUAGAAUCUUGGACAUCAUAACGCGCUUUAUCAAUCUCACGAGUGCGCUCAUCUCUUCCGUCUGUGAAGGUUAUUCCGACAUAAAACAACUAACGGAUACCAAGAAGGAUGAUAGAAACAUUGUAGACAACGACAUUGACUACGUAAACAGUUUCAUUAACACGAACAUUAUUGGAGAAAAAACCAUUCGAGAUAUUAAAACCCUUCUCAAGUAUUACAGAAACUACAUCUACAAGUUUAUUUGCCUCCUCCUCAGCGACAACAAAUCCCUGUGCGCACACUCUCGCAUCUCCAAACGGGACAAACUCAACUCCCACCGCCUCCUCGCAGCGCGCCUCGACUUCAACCUCUACUACGUCAACAUCUCCAAACUCAUGGACGCCGGCUCCCCCAAGCUUAACAUCUCCAACCAGAUUAAGAUGAUCAAGCGGGGUUAA